AUGAGUUCCUUCGUCCUAGGCUUCCAGAAGAGCCGAUCCGCCGCCCUCCCGGUCUCCCAACCCGGCGGAGGCGGCGAGCAGGGCGUCCUCGGGAGGACACUCUCCAACUCGCUGUCGGCGGUGAGGAAUCGCGCCGGAGACGCCAUCCGGAGCUGGGGGGAGUGGGGCGGCAUCCUGCCCAAGAAGACCGCUCAGGAUCUGGAGACGAACUAUUACGAGGAGGCAUAG